AUCAACCAUGGUUUAUGAUUUUAUUUUAAUUUUUUAUAAACUUUUUUCUUUUGUGUAUGUGUAUGUGUAUAAGAAAGACCGAUACCAUUGUUGAAUUGAAUAUGGGUGUUGUUGCUUGAGGAAACACAAACACAAACCCAAAACCAAAAAUGAUGGAUGCAGAUAUGAGCUGCAAAAACCUACCGAACCUUGUAUCUUCAUUCGUCGACACUUUCGUUGAUUUCUGCGUCACCGGUAUCUUCUUGCCCGAUGCCCCCUCUCCUCCACUUCUCCAAACUUCCUUCCCUUCCCCUCAUCGCCUAAUAGCCAUCGGUGACCUCCAUGGCGACCUUCUCAAAUCCAAGCAAGCUCUCCGUCUUGCCGGCCUCAUCGACUCCAACGACCGUUGGUCCGGUGGCUCCUCCACCCUUGUCCAGGUUGGCGACGUCCUCGACCGCGGCGGCCAGGAACUCAAAAUCCUAUACUUGCUCGAGAAACUGAAACGAGAGGCUGUUAAGUCCGGCGGCAAUGUGAUCACCAUGAACGGCAAUCACGAAAUCAUGAACGUCGAUGCAGAUUUCAGGUACGUCACCCCAUCUGGGCUCGAUGAAUUUACUAACUGGGCUGAUUGGUUUUGUAUUGGUAAUAACAUCAAGAAUUUGUGUCAUGGAUUGGAAAAACCUAAAGAUUUGUAUGAUGGAAUUCAUUCAACAAGUUUUGCGCGUGUUAAACAGGAAUAUGUCAAGGGUUUCAGAUCUCGGGUGGCUGCAUUGAGGCCUCAAGGUCCUAUAGCAACUAGGUUUUUGUCAAAGAAUUUGACUGUAGUUGUGGUUGGUGAAUCUGUGUUUGUUCAUGGUGGGGUUUUGCCUAAACAUGUUGUUUAUGGGUUGGAACGUAUCAAUGAAGAGGUUAGGGAUUGGAUGACUGGAUUGAAACCAAGGGUGGGUUCCAGUUUGGUUAGAGGGAGGAAUUCUCUGGUAUGGUUGAGGAUAUUUUCCAACGAGGUGGCUAAAGAUUGCGACUGCACCAUGCUUGAACACGUGCUUUCCACAAUUCCAGGUGCAAGGAGGAUGAUCAUGGGUCAUACCAUUCAAGAAGAUGGUAUAAAUGGAGCCUGUGAUAACAGAGCUAUAAGGAUUGAUGUGGGUAUGUCGAAAGGGUGCAUAAAUGGCUUGGCGGAGGUUCUAGAGAUUACUGAGAAUUCAGGGGUACGAAUCCUAACAUCAAACCCUAUCAUGAUGUAUGAUAAGCAUGAUUCUUUAAGUAUUGAUUCCUCUAUUCCUAUUCCUAAACAAGUGGAAGUCGAGGCUUAAGUAUGGAACCUGCAUUACAUUUGUUUUUGGGGAAUCUGCAUUACAUUUGUUUUUAGAUGUAAUAGUAAUAGCAUUAGCAAUCAUUUGUGGUUUAUCCCAAUUAAUUUCCCACCAAGUUUUUCAUUUCGAGUUGCUGCUAUCAAUCAUAUAUUUCGCUUCAA